CAUUGUUCCUGAUUGCUUCAUUUACAGUUUUAUUUAAAUGCUUUAGCACUAUUCAUAUCUAAAAUGCAUUUUAAAUUGUUAUUUUGAAAACCUACCUGUACCUUAUUUCAAGACCUUCAUUCUCACCGGACUCAUUUUAUAUCAUUUCAGAAGCAAGAAAAAUAUAAGGACCUGGAACCUAGUGCAAUAGAUCUUUUCAAGGAGAUGCACUGUAGCAAAAAGAAAGGUUUUAGUGAAAAUGUUCAGAAAGCUAUUGUUGACAUGGAAGAAAUGGUAGCAGCACCAAUUCAAGAUGGACAACAACCAAAAUCUCCUACAGAAGUUAUUUCUAAUGUGCUACCAGGCUCCAGUGUGUUCCUAUGCAAUGUUGGUCUUAAGUCCGCCUCCAAGAAAAGCUCCAUAACGACUGUUUUUGCAAAGGUUCAACAACUUCAGGAUGAACUGGAGACCGAGAAGCAAGAAAAAGAUGGCCUUCGGGAAGAAGUGGAAACCUUGAAGGCUCAAGCACAAGCAUCUCAGGAGACAAUUGAUAGUAUGAAGAGGUCGAUGGAAGAAAAUAACAACCUCCUUCAUCAACUAUUAAGCUUCAAUCGAGGCCAAGUGCCUCCAUCUUAAGUCUGGUUGACCACUAUAGGACCUGCAGCCUUAUGGCUGUUAUAGUGGCUAG